UUGGAAAUGGUGUGAAGGUGGAGCUGUCGGAGACGGCAAGAGCCGGUGUGAAGGCGAGCAGUGACUGGGUUAUGGAGAGUAUGGGCAAAGGCACUGAUAGUUAUGGUGUUACUACUGGUUUUGGUGCUACUUCUCAUCGUAGAACUAAAAACGGUGUCGCACUUCAGAAGGAGCUUAUAAGAUUCCUUAACGCCGGAAUAUUCGGCAGCACGAAAGAAACAUGCCACACACUACCACACUCCGCCACAAGAGCCGCCAUGCUCGUACGUAUCAACACUCUCCUCCAAGGCUACUCCGGCAUACGUUUCGAGAUCCUCGAGGCCAUAACCAGUUUCCUCAACACCAACAUCACCCCUUCUCUCCCUCUCCGCGGCACCAUCACCGCCUCCGGAGACCUCGUCCCCCUCUCCUACAUCGCCGGCCUCCUCACCGGUCGCCCCAACUCCAAAGCCUCCGGUCCCAACGGGGAAGCCUUGAACGCAGAGGAAGCCUUCAAGAUGGCAAAAAUCCCCUCAGGAUUCUUUGACUUGCAGCCCAAGGAAGGUCUUGCCCUAGUCAACGGCACAGCCGUUGGCUCCGGAAUGGCCUCGAUGGUUCUCUUCGAGGCCAACGUCCUCUCCGUUUUGGCCGAGGUUUUGUCAGCGAUUUUCGCCGAGGUUAUGAGCGGUAAGCCGGAGUUCACCGACCAUUUAACUCACCGGCUGAAGCACCACCCCGGCCAGAUCGAAGCCGCGGCGAUCAUGGAGCACAUCCUCGACGGAAGCUCAUACAUGAAGCUAGCUAAGAAGCUACACGAGAUGGAUCCCUUACAGAAACCUAAACAAGACCGUUACGCGCUCCGCACGUCACCUCAAUGGCUAGGUCCUCAGAUAGAAGUGAUCCGCUACGCGACAAAAUCCAUCGAGCGUGAGAUAAACUCCGUCAACGACAACCCUUUGAUCGACGUUUCGAGGAACAAAGCCAUCCACGGAGGUAACUUCCAGGGGACACCGAUCGGUGUCUCUAUGGACAACACACGUCUCGCUAUCGCAGCGAUAGGGAAGCUCAUGUUCGCUCAAUUCUCCGAGCUUGUCAACGACUUUUACAACAACGGUCUUCCUUCUAACCUAACCGCUUCUAGAAACCCUAGUUUGGACUACGGUUUCAAAGGAGCGGAGAUCGCUAUGGCUUCCUACUGCUCAGAGCUUCAGUACUUGGCUAAUCCAGUUACAAGCCAUGUUCAAUCAGCGGAGCAACACAACCAAGAUGUUAACUCUUUAGGACUAAUCUCAUCGCGCAAGACUUCUGAAGCUGUCGACAUUCUCAAACUCAUGUCGACGACGUUCCUUGUCGGAAUCUGCCAAGCUGUGGAUCUAAGACACUUGGAAGAGAAUCUAAAACAAACUGUGAAGAACACUGUCUCUCAAGUGGCUAAGAAAGUUCUAACCACUGGAGUCAACGGUGAGCUUCACCCAUCUCGCUUCUGCGAGAAAGAUUUACUCAAAGUCGUUGACCGUGAACAAGUCUACACGUACGCGGACGAUCCAUGCAGCGCCACGUACCCGUUGAUCCAGAAGCUAAGGCAAGUUAUCGUUGACCAUGCUUUGGUCAACGGUGAGAGUGAGAAGAACGCUAUGACUUCGAUCUUUCACAAGAUUGGAGAUUUCGAGGAGGAGCUGAAGAUGGUGCUUCCUAAGGAAGUGGAGGCAGCUAGAGCGGCGUAUGAUAACGGGACAUCGGCUAUACCUAACAGGAUCAAGGAGUGUAGGUCGUAUCCUUUGUAUAGGUUCGUGAGGGAGGAGCUUGGAACAGAGCUGUUGACCGGAGAGAAGGUGACGUCUCCGGGAGAAGAGUUUGAUAAGGUUUUCACGGCGAUUUGUGAAGGGAAGAUCAUUGAUCCGUUGAUGGAGUGUCUUAAUGAGUGGAACGGAGCUCCCAUUCCAAUAUGCUAA